GCUCGUUCUGAUCUCGAAGACGAGAGAGAAGGGAAAGCCAUGAAAGAAGCUAAGAAGAAGAAGAAGCUAGAAACCUCCGCUGGUGUAUCUAGCAAUGGUUCAAUAUCAGCUUUGGGUGCGUUGUUUUUUUAUUUGGUUACUGGAUUGUUUCUAGCCGUCGGAUUCUGGGUGGCACGGAACAAAUUUUCAGUGGAUCUCGUCUCUGAUCCAUCUAUGACUCUAUUUCUCCUCUGGAGUAUUGAGUUUCCGGUUGUGGUGAUCAUCUACAGCUUUCUACGGAAAGACCCAGAGAAGUGUUCAUGUUUUAGGGCUAUUGGGAGAAGCAUAUUAGGACUUAUUUCAGGGGCUUUUAUGAAUGCUUUGGGAGCAAUUGCUUUAGGUGCACCUAUCGGAGUGCAAUAUCUACCAAAAACAAUUCACUGGUCCUUUCUAAUGUCUGUUUUCACGUUUGUACCUGCUACUGCAGUUUUUGGUGCGUCAUUGACAGAUUGGCAUCGUGUAUUCGCAUCGAUGAAACCAAGUGGAAACAUAGAAUAUAUGAUCCUUGUUCCAGCAUAUGGAGCAAUUAUUGGAGGAUGGUUUGGAGCUUGGCCGAUGCCGCUCGACUGGGAAAGGCCAUGGCAGGAAUGGCCAAUAUGUGUAUGUUAUGGAGCUAUAGGAGGCUACAUUGCUGGACAAAUUCUCUCCUUGUGUUUGAUGUUUUUCCUCAGGAAACACAAGAACUUGAAGGUGGCCUAGAAUGGAUUAACGGUGUCCAUAAUGAGUUUCCUUUUGUUUUGACUUGAUUGCGAGGCAACAAUAGGGUGGUUUUUGUGAGGUUGUAUAUUUUCCAUAUAGGAUCAAGUGUUUCGGAAUUGCAAAAUUAUAAAAUCUUUCGUCUCCGCUUUCUUGCA